GGCGUGCACGUGGGAGCCUCGGUCAGAGACUGGUGCAUCUGGUGGGAACGAGGCCGGCGAGGGACCAUGGCGUCGCUCAAUUGCAGCGCCGUCGUCUGCGUGAUUUGUUUGGAGAAACCCAAAUACCGCUGCCCCGCCUGCCGCGUGCCUUACUGCUCGGUGACCUGCUUCCGGAAGCACAAAGAGCAGUGCAACCCUGAAACUCGUCCUGAGAAAAAAGUAAGGUCAGCUGUUACAGCAAAAACUAUAAAGCCUGUAGCAAACAAAGAUGGUGACGACUCUGUAGCUGACUUUCUCAACAGUGAUGAGGAAGAGGACAGAGUUUCUUUGCAGAAUUUAAAGAAUUUAGGAGAGUCUGCAGCAUUAAGAAGCCUGCUGCUCAACCCCCACCUUCGACAGCUGAUGGUCAGCCUCGAUCAGGGCGACAACAAGGCGAAGCUCAUGAGAGCCUGCAUGCAGGAGCCCUUGUUUGUGGAGUUUGCGGACUGCUGUUUAAGGAUUGUGGAGCCAUCCCAGGAUGAGGAUUCCUAAAAUGGAUGAUUGUGCUGCUCACUGGAACGUGUGUGUGACUUCGAACCUGCCCGCACCCCCGGAGAACAGCUAGCGAGGGGCCCUCAGCGAGGGUGCUGACUUGCUGCACUGUAGGCGUGGGUUUCAGGCAAGAGGAGGAUACUCGAGGUGACAAACCCUUUAUGGAGGGACAACUUGACAUUCCGAUGGUGUUUAAAUGUUUUAAUUUUGGUAGCGUUUAGACAUCACACUUGAUUUGUCAAGUUUCAUACCCAUUUGAGUUAAAACUUGCUCACUGUUGCUAAAUAAAAUCAGGAUAUGGUGA